AUGAGAGCCGCACUCGAAGAGUACAAUCAUCAUCAAAAGAUUGUUGGGUUUGAUCACCCUUCAAAUACUGUGCCAUCGAUGAAGUCGCCAGACAAACAAGACGGAAGGUCAACUGGUAUCGACGGCAGACGUCGUGGCGCCACCAUCAUCGGAACAAGAGACUAUCUCCAACCGAUUCUUACAGUGGCUGGCGAGAAGGAGUCUGACAUCCCGAUUUCAUCGAGUCUAGCCAAAGACGACGGCUACAACAAUAUUAAAUUGCGUUAUUUGCGUUCGUUGAACAUCAGCAUUGCAACACCGACUAAAGAUGUUCAAGUAUCAGCAUCUGCACCAAUACCCAUUCCGAUUCCUCUCAGACACCAAGACGACGACUCUGAUAUAUCGUCGGACGAAGAAGACGAUCGUCGUAACAACAAUCAAAUCGAUGAUGACGACGACAUCAACAACAACACCACCACCGCCACUCACUUUAACCCAUAUUUACAUAGUAACACCAACAACUUUAAUAACUUUGACAACAACACCACCAAUAACGACUUUAUGAUUGGUACACCAGAGAUCUCUCACAUGCCAGUCAGAAAAGAUUCAAAGAGUAAAGCUAAACCCAAAUUUAUCCCACCUCAUGAAUUACUUGGUAACACCAAUGGUGAAGCAUCACUAGUUAAUCAUUCACUACCAGGUAAUCAUCGUAGAAAGUACAGUUUGCAAAGAUUUAACAGUGGUCAGUUACUCUAUACCGGCGCCUAA